AUGAAACUAAUCACCAUCCUUUUCCUCUGUUCCAGGCUGCUCCUAAGUUUGACACAGGAAUCCUUCUCACAGGAAAUUGACUGCAACAAUGAAGAAGUUUUUAACGCUGUGGAUACUGCUCUGACGAACUACAACAAAAACCAAAGUGACAACCAGUUUAUAUUGUCCCGCAUAACCAAGGUCACCAUGAUGGAUGCCUCUGGCACAUCUUAUUCCUUCAAAUAUGAAGUCAAGGAGGGUGACUGUCCUGUUGACAGUGGCAAAAUCUGGCAGGACUGUGACUACAAAGAUGCUGCAGAAGCCGCCACAGGAGAAUGCACAGCAACAGUGAAGAAAGAGAAUAAAAAAUUCAUCCUUACUACCCAGACCUGCCAGAUUACUCCAGGCUCUGUGAUGACAGCUGAGUUUGACUGCCUGGGCUGUUUCCAACCAAUAUCAACCAAGAGCCCUCUACUGAAACCUGUUCUGAGACACGCCAUUGAAUACUUUAACAACAACACUGCACACUCUCACCUCUUUACUCUUCAGGAAGUAAAGUCGGCCCAAAAACAGGUGACGGCUGGAUGGAGUGUUAACAUUUCCUACACAAUUGUGCAAACUAAUUGUUCUAAGGAGAAUGUUCAAUUAACUGCUGACUGCAAAUCUCUGUUGAAUGGUGAUACAGGUCAAUGUAGAGAUAUUGUACACAUGAAUGAUCAAGAUAUAGUCAUUUCCUUGGAGCAGAAGUGUGACGUCUUUCCAGUUGAAUUUGCACUGCCACCUCCGGAGAUGUGCCCUGGAUGCCCCCAGGACAUAAGUGCCAACAGCCCUGAGCUACAGGAGGCUUUAAAUCAUUCCAUCGCAAAGCUUAAUAAGCAGCAUAACGGAACUUCCUACUUCAAGAUUGAGAGAGUGAAUAAAGCAACAACACAGGUAGUGGCUGGAAUCAUAUACUCUAUUGCAUUCAUAGCCAAGGAAACCACAUGUUCCAAGGAAAGUAAUGAAGAGUUGACUCAUAAUUGUCCAACCAAGGAAGAUGGAGAAGUUCUACAGUGUAAUGCUGACGUUUAUAUGGUACCUUGGAAGAACAAAAUUGACACUACUGUCCGCUGCCAGACACUGCUAAUGAUCAGCAUUAUGAAAUCGACUAAAAGGCCUCCAGGAUUUACACCUUUCCGAUCAAUAGCACUGAAGCAGGCAAGAACAGGAGCAAUAACAACUAAAGUUUGCGAGUACAAGGGUCGACCCCCGAAGGCAGAGGCAGAGCCAGCAGCUAAGCAUGAGGUCUCCUGA